AUGGAAGGCGAGCCAACGAGAGGCGGCACGCGUGGCGGUGCUGGUGACUUUAGCUGGAAUGCAGUCAAGGAGGAUAAGCAUCGCGAGUAUUAUUUGGGACACAGCGUCAAAGCUGCUGCUGGUAGAUGGCAGAAGAACAAAGACAUUCACUGGUAUAAUCGCGAUGACGAUAAUGCCGAUGAGGGAGAAAUUCAGCGUAAGAAGAAAGAGGAAAUCAAGAAGAUCAAGGAAGCUGAAGAGGAUGCUCUGAGCGUUGCACUAGGAUACGCACCAAAACCACGACAAUCCGAGGAGGAGAAGAUUGCGGCAAAAGCACAGAAGAAUGCCGAGAAGAGAAUCAGGAAGGAGGAGAGAGAUAAGGUGCGAGCUGAGCGAGAGCAGCGGCGGAAAGAGAGUGGCAGAGAUAGCAGGUACACUCCGUACACCACCGACAAUCAGAGACGUAAAUAA